AUGGAUUUACGAACACUGAACGAGACCUCUACGUUCUUGGAGUGUGUGGGAGCGCAAGACGCUGCGUCAAACAGAACAAUGAACGUCAGUCUGGGACUCACAAACAUCACCACCUGUGGAAACGAGUCCGUGGUGCUCAAACCGCAGCAUGUCAAACAGAAAGAGGUGGACUCUCUGCGUAUCCUGCUCUAUUCGGUCAUCUUCCUCCUCAGUGUGUUGGGUAACCUGCUCAUUAUCGUGGUGCUGGCAGUCAACAAGCGCAUGAGGACUGUCACCAACUCCUUCCUGCUGUCCCUGGCAGUCAGCGACCUGAUGAUGGCCAUCUUCUGCAUGCCCUUCACCCUCAUCCCCAACCUCCUGGAGGACUUCAUCUUUGGAGCCGCCAUGUGCAAGAUAGUGGCCUACCUCAUGGGUGUAUCCGUGAGCAUCUCCACCUUCAGCCUGGUUGCCAUAGCGAUUGAGCGCUACAGCGCCAUCUGCAACCCGCUGAAAUCGCGGGCGUGGCAGACCCGUUCCCAUGCCUAUCGGGUGAUCGCCGCCACCUGGCUCCUGUCCUUCAUGAUCAUGACCCCCUACCCCGUGUUCAGCCACCUGAAGCACGUUCCCCUAAAGGACAACAUCACCAUCGCACGCAUGUGUCGCCACAUCUGGCCCUAUCCGGAGGUGGAGCAGGCCUGGAACAUGAUGUUGCUGCUUACGCUCUUUGUUGUUCCGGGGGUGGUGAUGAUUGUGGCCUAUGGACUCAUCUCCAGAGAGCUGUACCGGGGAAUCCAGUUUGAGAUGGUUCAGAAGACAUCAUCCCCCGGUCUAAAGAACGGCCUGACCACCACCGGGGCUUGCGGCAGCGACGACGGCGGUGAUGGAUGCUACGUCCAGCUCGCCAAGCGACCGCGCUCCAUGGAGAUGUCCACUGUGACAUCAUCGACGGCAACCGCGUCCAAAUUGGAGCGUCUCCGCAGCAACACCUCGGAGGCCAAGCUCUUGGCCAAGAAGCGCGUGAUCCGGAUGCUGGUGGUGAUUGUUGCUCUGUUCUUCCUGUGCUGGUUGCCCCUCUACUGCGCCAACACCUGGAAGGCUUUCCACCCCGUCUCUGCCCGCCGUGCCCUCUCUGGUGCCCCCAUCUCCUUCAUCCACCUCCUGUCCUACACCUCGGCCUGUGUCAACCCCAUCACCUACUGCUUCAUGAACACACGCUUCCGCACUGCGCUGCUCGCCACCUUCGCCUGCUGCUGCCGCCCGCCCUGCCGACACAGACGCCACGGGCUGCGGGAUGGAGAGGAGGACGCCAUGGCUAUGGGGGUGUCCAUGUCCAAAUUUAGUUACACCACGGUCAGCACUAUGGGGACGUGCUGAGGGAGGAACCAUUGACUGA